AUGUACUACAGGUGUUCCAUGUACUACAGGUUCUACAUGUACUACAGGUUCUACAUGUACUACAGGUGUUCCAUGUACUACAGGUUCUACAUGUACUACAGGUGCUACAUGUGCUACAGGUGUUCCAUGUACUACAGGUGUUCCAUGUACUACAGGUGCUACAUGUACUACAGGUGCUACAGGUGUUCCAUGUACUACAGGUUCUACAUGUACUACAGGUGCUACAUGUGCUACAGGUGUUCCAUGUACUACAGGUGCUACAUGUACUACAGGUGCUACAGAACCCCCGACAACAGUCGCCUCGCCCAAAUAUGCAGUCCUCACGAUCGCCCCCGUCCGACUCUCCCUCUCGCCUCCACGCCUCUAGCUCUCUUCAGCAUGGCUCUCCCCUCCUCUCUCUCCUCACCUCUCCGACACGACGCCUCCCCUCUUCUCAUUACUACCCGACUAAUUCCUCACUCAGAUACCCACACCCUCAGCCGCACACACGAUCUCCAUAACUCCCAAACCAACACACCACCCACCCGGGUUAUCUCGCUUCCUCAACAUCUCUCGCCAGAGGCUACGAACCACUUCUCCCUUCAAUCUCUUAUCCCCCGAGGCUCCCAGUCCUCCUUCCUCUCGCCCGACGCUCUGAGAAAAGACCCCUCUCUUUCGAUUCUCCGUCCUCUCGACCUCUUCACAUCCUUCUCUCCUCACCUCGUCCCCCAUCCGCAAGACAGGAUCCACAGGAACCCGCCCCUCCGGUCUCAGAAGUCCUCACACCUUCCCCUUCCAACAGUUCAUUCUCGCGCAACCCCAACCACCAAUCUCUCAGCGCUCUUCCAGCUUCCGGAGCACCCCCACUUCCUUCCUCACCCUACCCCGUCCGAAACAUCUCCCGUCUCGACCCAACUGUCUUCUCUUCUCACGCCAACCAAGAACCCGACUCAUGAGAAGAACAAGCAGCAAAUCAGACAAUCGCCUGGACUCGUCUUGCGUCACCGCCACACUCCCUCCCAGCGGAACCCCACCAUAGUUCCUCCCCUGAACUCCUCCACAGCCGACAAUCAGUCUCGACACUCCAACAGACCCUCACCGACGAUCAUCAACUCCAAUCAAGGCUCUCACGGGGAGUCUCCUUCCCAAACAUGCCGACAAAUCAUAGGGCGAGUAUCACUCCUCGCUCUCUUCGCACAGCAAAGACCCAGCCUCAAUCUCUAA